UGAAUAACGCUUGUUCUUCAACAAUAACUUCUUGUCAUACUUACAUGCAAUACUUAGGACAUUUUUCUUUAUUUCUAUGUCUGGCAUAUGAUGGGGAUGAUAAGCUAGAUAUAACGUUAAGAGGUGGUCCACAAGCAGAAGAUGACGAUAUGAAAGUUGUAUUCAACCGAGAAUACUUGAGAAAGCCAUUUGAAGGAGGACUUGGGUCAGCAACACACUGGCCCCAAUCCAUCUUUGAUGUGCCAGGCACUGUCACCACCAUGUCCAGGCCCCUCAUGGCUACACUGCACAUGUGCAAGGCCAUAUAUGGCCCUGUCACUGUGUCCAGGACCAUUGUGACUGCAGUCCUCACUUGCAGGACCAUCUACGGUGAUAGCACUGUGUCUAGGUCCCUCUUGGCAACAUCCACAUGUGUGGGGCUGUCAUGGGUGGACUCCCUCUAUGCAGUGCCAUCACCUCACCUAGAAGCAUCAUGGCUGUAGUCCCCAUCUACAAAAGAGUCUAUGGAGUCAUCUAGUUACAGUCAUCAGUCAGCUAGCAGCAGCUCCUUUUCCCAUCCAUAGGAUGGGACUGGGCUAGGUCAGUUGCACACGAGCAUUACGAUCUUCAGUGAUAGCAGGCACUUUUAGGGAACAGAUCUUGUACACCCACAUAGAUAAUUCUAUUGCAGGGUACACAGACCUAACCUUUUUCUUAACGAGUGCAUUCCCAUUCUGGAAAGGGGCUCCCCAAAAUCUUAAGAUAAUGCAGAUUACCCCACCAUUAAAUGUGGAGCACCACUAUGCUGUUAACUAACGUAUCUGGUGAAAACUGGCAUGAUAGUGUGGGAUUACUCAAUCACUGAAUGGUUGUGUGAUUUCCUCUUGAGUGUCAUACUUUCCAAAAUGAAAUAAACAGGGUCUGGUAAGGCACUCAGCCAUUUGUUACUUGGAUGUCCAGAUUCAUCCUUUUGACCCAUUAAAUCAGGGUUCUACUAGGUCUACAACUUUGCUUCCUCUGUUUUUUCUCAAAGUUUGGGAUUUUAUUGUGAAAAACUUACAACAAAAUUAUGAUUCAUAGUAUCGCCCAUCACUGGCCACAACAUUCUCCCAUCUUUCAGAUAGCAUACGAAUCCUGUGGUAGAAGAACUGGACAUCUUUUGUGGGGAUCCAUGAAUCAAUUCAAUUUUGCACUCGUUCAUAUGACUGGAAGUCUUCGACAACAAAAACACCAUUCUUAAGGCGUUGAAAACAUUCUCGGCACGUUCUUCCACUAAUAGUUCCCUCACCAUUGGUCUUACCCAGCAUUUUAAGAGCCACAGCCACAGAUUUCUUCAUAUUAAAGCAGAAGAUUAAAACUUCCCACAAAUGGUGAGAAAUAGGUACGUAAGUUGACGUACUUAAUCGAGAAUAAAGUUAUGAUGCAAUCACAAAUCGACUAAUAUUUUUAUGGCAUUAUGUUUACAGAUGCCUAAGCUUAUUGUAUUACACCUAUGACCAACCAUCCAAACCCCACUUGCCGCUACUGCUGUCCAUUGCAAAAUGGCCGAAGCAAAGUGUAGACCCAAUAACUAUCAAACUUCCAAAGAAUAUAGCUGACAAAAUAGCAGGUGUCAUUGUUCAAAAUCUUGAAGAUGAAUUCUGCUAUGUGUGGUCAAUACUGGCUUGUGAAAGAAAUUAUGCUAAUAACCCACAUCAUCGACAAGAAUACAGGAUGAACAAUGUUUGAGGGCUCUUCAACUUUUAAUGGCAUUUCAUUCCCUAUGAUACUUCUGAAUAUACCUAAAUUUGAGAGGCAAAACUCGCAUCAUUCAGUUCAUGUUUACUCAUGAAGAAAGUGGAAAGUGAGCCGGAAGGGCAAAAUGAGCAUAAAAAUAAAGAAGUGAAGCACCAAGUUGUUGGUCUGCUGUACCUUCACAAAGUAACCAAUCAGUGUGCAAAACACGCAUAUUUGCCAAAACUCUCCAAGGGUGACAAACAACAUGACAUAUGUACUGCUACUUUUCACACAACGAUCAAUAAGGACCAUCAGAUACAUCAUUUUUGCUCUAGAUGCCUCAUUUCUUUUACUACAAGAGAGGGUUUAGAGAAACAUCUGACUGACUGCCCCAGCCAGGAACCAGUAUGUGUGGAAAUGCCGACUGAGGGAGACAAGUUUCUGAAGUUUAAGAGUUUCCACCACCAGGAGCUUUGCCACUUCAUAGUACACACUGAU